UGGGCGCUCGUUCUGCUGUUGUAUCAUGGAAAUCCCCCAGUGUUGCGUUCAGCAGAUACAGAGUGACCUAUCAGACGGCAGGAGAGGAGGUCAAGGAGGUGAUUCUGGACUCCACGGUGACGGAGUACAAGCUGACUGGACUGUUCUCUAUGUCUAAGUACACGGUGCUGGUACAGGGAGAGAGAGAGGGGCAGUACACAUCUAUUGUCACCACUGAGUUUAUCACAGGAAAACUGCGCUUCCCAUUCCCCACGGAGUGUUCCCAGGAGCUGCUGAACGGAGCGCUCCAGUCAGGAGAGGUGGAUCUUUACCCAGAGGGCAAGAAGGGAAGGCAGUCAGAGUCUACUGUGACAUGGGAGACUGAGGGAGGAGGCUGGACGGUGUUCCAGAGGAGAAUGAAUGGGAAGACAGAUUUCUUCAGAACCUGGAGUGACUACACUAAUGGCUUUGGAAACCUUAGCGAGGACUUCUGGCUCGGUAAUGAGCUGCUUCACAACCUGACCAGCAUGGGCCCAGUGAGCCUGAGAGUGGACCUGCAUUCAGGCAACGAUACGGCCUACGCCCAUUACUCCAGCUUCACCAUCGACUCAGUGGACAAACACUACGCCAUCGAGGUGUCUGGAUACACCGGCACUGCAGGUGACUCCAUGAAGUACCACAACGGGCGCCCAUUCUCCACCAGAGACAAGGAACCCCUCCCCCUGGGCAUCCACUGUGCCAGGGCCUACAUGGGCGGCUGGUGGUACAAAAACUGCUACAAGACCAACCCUCAACGGCCUCUAUGGCACCAACAGCAACAACCAGAGAAUGAUAGAGGACUCUUCUUGUAUCUGUUCAAUUAUGGCAUCUGUGAGCGCAUGGACAGCACCAUUAAGGCCAUCUUCAUUUUGAAUUAA